ACCAAACGACUUGCUGAUUGACGGGCAAACCAGUGUUAUCGGCACCAAAAUCGGCCCGCGCCGCCAAGCAAUCGCAAAUGCGCCGGUGAGUGGGUCUAAUUAGAUGGCGCUCCGAGCCCAGAGAGUGCCCGUGGCCGAGGCCGAGACCUUUCCUGACGGCACCACCGACUACGUUCCUCUGCGCAAGAAGAACUAUGACGCCCGCAAACCUCACAUCACCGACCAGCCGAUAACAUGGACCAAUUGGUACCAACACGUCAACUGGCUCAACACAACCUUUAUCAUUUUCAUCCCGCUCAUCGGCCUUAUUUCUGCCUACUGGAUCAAGCUGCAGUACAAGACGGCCAUCUUUGCCAUCGCCUACUACUUCUUCGCCGGUCUCGGCAUCACCGCCGGCUACCAUCGUUUAUGGGCUCACUCGAGCUACAAGGCCACCCUUCCUCUCAAGAUUUUUCUCGCCGCCGGUGGCUCUGCCGCCGUUGAGGGCAGCGCUCGUUGGUGGUCCAGUCUUCACCGCUCGCACCACCGCUAUACCGAUACCGAGAAAGACCCGUAUUCGGUUCGCAAGGGCCUGCUCUACAGCCACAUUGGCUGGAUGGUCAUGAAGCAGAACCCCCGCCGCAUCGGCCGUACCGAUAUCACCGACCUGAACGACGAUGCCGUUGUUGUUUGGCAACAUCGGAAUUACCUCAUGUCGGUCGUGACCAUGGCCCUGAUCGUGCCUACCCUUGUCUGCGGUCUUGGCUGGGGCGACUUUUGGGGUGGUUUUGUCUAUGGUGGCAUCCUGAGGAUUUUCUUCAUCCAGCAAGCCACCUUCUGCGUCAACAGCUUGGCCCACUGGCUCGGCGACCAGCCCUUCGAUGACCGCAACUCGCCGAGAGACCACGUCAUCACUGCUCUCGUCACCCUCGGAGAAGGCUACCACAACUUCCACCACGAGUUCCCUAGCGAUUUCCGCAAUGCCAUUGAGUGGUGGCAGUACGACCCCACCAAGUGGUUCAUCUGGACCAUGAAGCAGCUCGGCCUUGCCUACAACCUCAAGACCUUCCCCCAGAACGAGAUUGAGAAGGGCCGCGUCCAACAGCUGCAGAAGAAGCUCGACCAGAAGCGCUCCACUCUUGACUGGGGCAUCCCCCUCGAGAGCCUCCCCGUCAUCGGCUGGGACGACUUUGUCGAGCAAUCGAAGAACGGCAAGGCUUGGAUCGCCAUCGCUGGUGUCAUUCACGACGUCGGCAGGUUCAUUGCCGACCAUCCCGGUGGCAAGGCCCUGAUCUCGUCGGCCAUCGGCAAGGACGCCACCGCAGUCUUUAAUGGUGGCGUCUACAACCACUCCAACGCUGCUCAUAACCUCCUGUCGACAAUGAGAGUGGGCGUCCUGAGGGGCGGCUGCGAGGUGGAGAUUUGGAAGCGCGCCCAAUCCGAGAACAAGGACGUUGCCGCCGUGACCGAUUCCUCCGGCCAGCGCAUCGUCCGUGCGGGCGACCAGGUCACUCGUGUCUCGCGGCCCGUUACUACUGCCGACACAGCAUGAAUGACGGAAGGAGCAAUGCAAUGGCCAUGACGUCUCCACAUGGAGUAGCUGCCAAAGAGCUGGGCGUGGUGUGCCCAGUUACCUCAAAAGUCUAAGACAGAGAGAAAAUAGUGGUGGGACGUGUCAUGAUAGAAGCAAAUGGUUCUUCUGUGUUCUUUGUGGGCCGGGCGUUACGAGACAACGGGUUAAGGGGUCUGGAGUAAUCUCAUUCAUGGCGUGGUGUGGACAGUGGCAUGGUUUAUUUGCAUCAAUGAAAGUUUGGGAUGUCGGAACGAAAAUAAGAAUCUAUCAUGAAAUCAUCUUAACUUGGUCAUUGAUAUCACGGUUUUGACCGCGAUACUCGGUGUGCAGCUUUAAGGCUGUAGAGAAUAAACAAGUCGGGCUGCACCACCCUCGUCGGUGCCAACCACUUGGUUUGAGAUUUGAGGU